ACAACAGGCCUGUCUAUCGCUGUACCCUCUGCCUCUCCUCCUUCCCACAAGUCCCCGUUCUCCACCAGAAGUUGCCCUGUUGGUCUUCCCCUUCGCUAUUCUCCCCCCUUUCGUCAAUCACUUCCAACCCUCUCUGCUUUCCCUUGACCAACAAUCUUCAUCUUUCAUCACCUCACCACUCAACUACAACAUCUGUUUCUCGAACCCAAAUCAAUCACCUUCUACCGAGAAGAAUACGUAUCCACGAUCUGAGCGAUAUUGAGGAAAUCCGACUUUCCUCCGCUCUCUUACGCUCCCGACGUCGACGACCCCAGUUUUGCAGAUCAUUUGACCCAACCUUGAGCGGGUCCUGAACCGCGCGCCUCGAUCGACAUCACCGGCACGAGGGACUGAAAACAAGAAAAAGGGCUCAACAUCCUCCUUUUCCCACGACUCGAGACAGUCACCAUGUCUACCUCGUCCGCUGCUUCGCCUGCAGGAGCCACGCCUGCCCCCAACGCAGCCUGCUUCGACGUGGUCGACAUGGACAGAUAUAUCAACUAUGACCAGAUUGUCUAUCCCUCCCCUUCAACUUCUCCUUCCUCGUCCCGCUCGCAAUCAGCAGCCGAUAUCACCGCUGUUGCGGCUCAUAGCAAUACUCCUCAGAUAUUCUCUGGUCCCAGUCAUCAAUAUGACAUGCACAAGCAGCAGACCGGUCUUCCUGUCGGAGCCCUAGCCGACACGAUUGCCAUUAACCAGGCCACGAACAUGCACUUUGGCCGAAAUUCGGGUCUGCCAACCAAUGACGGCUUCCUCAACUUAGAUUCUCAAAAUGAGUUUGUCGACUUUGGAUCCAUGCCCAUGCACCAUGGCUCAUUCAGCGCCGCAUCCGACAUUGACCUUGAACUCGAGACACCCAACGCCAACCUUGGCAUGCUCUACUAUCCCCAGCGCCCCGUACCGUCAAAUGACGAGUUUGUGAACCCGAAUCUACUUGGCGGCCAGGAAGACGGCCCUGCUGGUUCAGAAGCUGUCGCUCCUCAGCCCCAGAGCAACGUUGGCCGUCUCUACCCUGGAAUGCACCAGCAGCAGGCUGCUAUUGCCAAGGCGCAGGCGCAAGCACAGCAGCAAAAGGCUAUUCAGCGACAGCAGCAGCAGCGUGCUGCUAUGGGCCAGCCUCCUGUCCAUGGCCGUCCUAGCCGGACUCCUGCCAAUGCCCAUGACGCUCUGGUUGACGAAAAGAUUUCUCAACUCUUGAACUCGAUGCGUCACAGCAGUGUCGCUUCCUCGGAAGAUGACGGAGCUACGCCUUCCGCCUCCUCUCUCCACGCUACCAUCUCUCGCGCUCGCAAGGAGGAAGAAGAGAUGGACGAAGACGAGAGACUCUUGGCGAGUGAGGAGGGUAAGAAGUUGAGCAGCAAGGAGCGUCGCCAGCUUCGCAACAAGGUUUCCGCUCGUGCCUUCCGUUCCAGAAGAAAGGAAUACAUUGGCCAACUAGAAGGUGAGGUGGCUGCGCGUACCAACGAAUCCAAUGAUCUUCGCGCUCAGAAUGCCGCCCUCCGGGCCGAAAACACUCGCCUCACCGACUUGACCCGUAUGCUCUUGUCGUCGCCCGCCUUUUCCAACUUUCUCAAUGACCUCAGUGCCAAUGGCGUUGCACCCCCUACUCAAGCUCCUGGCUCUGAGAAUGUCGCCAAUGGCACUGUCGCCCCUCCUCCGGAGAACUUGGGUCAUGUCAACGUUGCCCAGCAGUCCCAGGCUCCCCAGAGUGGCCCUCAGGUUGGCAUGCCCAUGGUUCCCGACAACGCCAUGAACUAUCCCAUGGUUGACAUGACCCCAAACCAUGCCUGGACUUCUGAUGCAAUGGGUUGGGCUCCCAACCAGCCUCAAGUCUUCUCUGUCCUCGAGCUUCCUGAGGGACCUGCCAUUGAGGAGCUUGACACUGGAAUUCUUUCUGGCAAGGGCUCUUCAUCUCCAUUGGCUCAGCUUUUGAGUGGCGAGUCCAAGGAUGACUUCCCAGUCAUUGAGCGCAUUCCCCUCCCCGAGGAUGAGGCUGACGAGGUCGAGUCUGUUGAGUCUUCUGAGCAAGUCGAACUCGACGCAUCCGACCCUUGCUUCGCACUUUACGUCGAUGCCCCUGCUCCCCAAGAGGAAUCUCCGGCCGAGGCGGUCGUGUCGCCUUCCUCUCCUGUCAUCAACUCUGACAAACCAGCUGCUAAGUUUGAGCUGGUGGUGGCCCCCGAAGCCGAGAUCGAGGCCGCUGACAGUACUGCGGCAAUGAUACGAUUUGAGCGUAUGUGCUCAAGUAUGGAAGCCGCUUUCCAGCGCGUUCAGCAAGUCACAAAUCAUCUUUAAGUGCCUUGCAUCUUGGACAACCUCAUCUCUCAGCAAUUUCCAACAUUCCUUGUUCUUAGACUGGACUUUUUUCUUUGGUCAUUUUCCUUUUGAAUUUCACCUUGGCGUUUCGACAUCACUAUAGAGGCCUAAUGGCGAGCAUUUGGGUUAACAUCACUCGGCGGUAGACCUCUUUAUUGCGGUUAUCCCCGAGUUUCAUUUUAUCACACUCUUCAGUUUCACAACUCUUCUUUACCAGUCAUCUCGAGUGGGUUAAUUGCCCGGAAAAGAUUGUCAGCACCUUCUUUUGGAAUUUUUCCUUUUUUUUUUUUUUUUU